GCAAAUAUUCGCAUCUUUGCGACUCAGCCGAAUGUGUCGCAAUAUGCGAAAAGCUAUGUAUAAUCGAGGUUAUGUUGGUGCGAAUAUUUCAGAGGCGAAGCAGAAAACGUCCAUCAAACACUAGCACACGACAUGUGACGUGCAAAAUUUGAUUUCGGACUUGAAAAUUAUGAAAAUUGGUGUGAACAAGACACCAUUGUUUACGUGCAUAUUUUUCUAAAUUUUAUCCUCGUUUAUUGUGUAAAUAAAUUGUGAUCAUGGAGGAAGACGAAGGUGUCAAUAUUCUCGAAAGCUUUUCCGAUUUUAUGGAACGGGAUACCAGAGGAGAGGAGAUACUUACCUAUGGAAUCGCAGGUAUUGCUUUGCUCACAGCGAUGUAUAAAAUAAGACCUUUUGCUAAAUUUAAGAAACCAUCCGAUGUGCCUAAACAUUUUUUUACUAAGAAAGUACAACUCGAAGGAACUGUCAAAAACAUUGAGCCUUCCAUGGAGCCUUAUUUGUUGGUUGAUCAUAAACCUUUAGUUCCUUUACCAAGAUUAGGAUCACCCAAAUAUUUGCCAGUUAAAAUAGCUGGAGUUAAUGUUCAAGGAAAUGGUCUGAGUUGGUUACAAGCUGUUGUUAAAGAUAAGAAAAUUAAAUUUAUACCAGUUAAAAAAGACAAUCAGUUUUUAACUUGCAUAGUAAUUGUUCCACAAAAUAAUAAGGAACCAAUUUCUGUUGGUAAAGAAUUGUUAAGGGUAGGAUUUGGAACUGUUGAAGAUUUAAAAGGUGUCACACCAAAAGAUCAUGAUAUACUAAACUACUUGAAAACUCUUAAAUUAGCACAAAAAUGGGCAGAAAAACAAAGAAAUGGUAUUUGGUUCUACAAAUACCCUCCUACUUUUUAUUGGAAAUUAAAGAUCAACAUAGAUAAUAAGUUAAAAUCUUUAAUUCCAGUCUCAGUGGCAAAUUACUUUAAUUUAUAAGUAUUUAUAGAUUGUUAUUAGAUUUAUUCUUUUGACUAUAGUAAAAAAAAUGUAAUAAUGUGAUGAAUAUCAAUGAACUCUAAAGUUGAUUUUUAAAAUGAUUAAGAAAUGAAGUUAUUCAAUUAUAUAUCCACGAUGAAAGUAUACUAUAUAUAUUUUUAUAAAAUUUAAAGAUAAUAGUUUAUACUGUGCUUAUUUUAGUAUGCAAAUAAUAAUGUGUUUAUCAAUUUAA